GUACAAUUUUUGACAUUUUAAGAAUAGUACAAACAUUAUCCUUGAAAUUUCAUCAAAUAAAACCAAUUGUAUCUACACUAUAGUUCCUUGGUAGUUCAAUCGGUGAUCACACAAGUAAAAUGAAAAAUGAAUCAAUGUGUCGAAUAUGUGCCGAACCUACAGUUAAUGCAGAGACGUGUGUAAACUUCAGCACUGUCUCUGAGAUCUACUACAAGUUGAUUGUUUCUCAGCCUGAUGAAAUGGGGUUGCCGGACAUCGCUUGUCACCGUUGCCACAGUACUUUGAUUGAUAUUGAUAACUUUCGGAAAAUGUGCCUUGAGGCGUACGAUCAAUUGAAAGAAACGAUAUCCUCCACAAGCAGAUUCGAGUCAACUUUGAAAGAGGAAGAAAAAGCAGAAGUUGAAUUUUUGGAAAUGGGCGUAGGUGACGGCCCGGAUUUUGAUUCGGAUGUUUUGGAAGUCAAAGUGGAAAAGCUUUUAAUUCCGGAGAACUCGUUCGAGAUUGAAAACCACAUUGAGAAUGAAACUACAGGAAUUACUUUAAAAAAUGUGUCUGUACAAAUGAAAAAAGUUACGAAAACAGCUCGAAAAAGACAACGCAAGGUAAAUGAAGCGCAAAAGAAAUUCCCGAAAAGAGUCAAAAUACAAUGCGAUCAGUGCGAUAAAUUCUUCUAUGAACAAAAACGGUAUGAGGGACACAUGCGAGUUCAUGCAGGCCUCAAACCGGCGGUUUGUGACAUUUGCCAUAAAACUUUCUCCAAGUGGGCAUAUCUUAAGGAACAUCGACAGGUGGUUCAUGAGCCAGCGAAAGAACGGUUGGCUUGCGAAGUACCCGGUUGUGGACGGACGUUUACUACGAAGCACCAUCUUAAGUUUCAUCAUACCAAUAAGCACACGGGUCCGCCUCAGCCAAAAUCCAGACAUAUGUGCGAGCAGUGUGGAAAAACUUUUACUACCGUUGCUAAUCUGAAGAUUCACAAAUAUUCCCAUGGUGGAAAGUUGCCAUUUCCUUGUACUUUGUGUGGCAAACGAAUGGAAAGUAAUUUCAAGUUGAAAAUUCACAUGAUGAGACACAAAGGAAUCAAGCAACAUACCUGUCCUGUGUGUGGAAUGAAAAAGACCACGAUAACAGAGUUGAAAACACAUAUGAACUACCACACCAGAGAUAAAAAAUAUCCAUGUGAAACGUGCGGUGUGGUAUUCUAUAGCACAGGGAACAGACUUCGCCAUGUUCGGAUUGUACAUCAGGGUAUCAAGGCGUACUCGUGCACUUACUGUGAUCUGUCUUUCGGCAAGGCUGAAACUUUGAAACAUCAUGUUAUGACCCAUACCGGAGAAAAACCACACGUCUGUGAUUUAUGUGGUAAACGAUUCAUCCAACCAACAGCGCUUCAGACACACAAAAAGACUCACUUGAAAAAAAUGGAAUAAACCUAUUCGACUUUUGUUAAGUGCAGUCGUAUUGGGAUUGAAACAUUCAUUGAUAAACUUAAUGGGCUGAUCUUUUAGGUUAAUAUAAGUCAUAAUAUUAUGGUAACAAAGCUUCGUCAAUAUCUCAAACAAAAUUAUUUGAGGUUAUGGAUUGAACAUACUAAUAAAAAAAAGAAAGGGAAAAUAUUGAAGU